AUGGCUGCUGGAGGAGGAAGGAUCCAAUCACCGCGAAGCUUUCCAGUGGUUACUGUGAAUGACAAUCGCGCUGCUCUUGCUCACCCACCGCAUGCAGCGAAAGAAGAAGGCGUAAACACUGACACUGCUAAGGUAGCCACUGAGGUAAUGGAGAUGAGCAGCAACGGCGAAUGCUACGGAUGUGGCCGUACAGGGCAUUGGAUCAAGAAUUGCCCAACUGGGGGUGGACGUGGACGUGGCAAGGGCCGAACACGGGGAAAGGAACUAUUCUGUUAUCGGUGUGGAGACCAAGGACACAUGGCUCGUGAUUGUGAACAAGUUGAAGAUUCUUGCUACAACUGUCGCAGGAGUGGUCACAUUUCUCGGGACUGCAAGGAGCCCAAGAAGGAACGAGAGCAGGUCUGCUACAGCUGUGGCAAGGCUGGCCACAUGGCUCGGGACUGUGACCAUGCAGAGCAGAAAUGUUACACCUGUGGUGGUUUUGGUCACAUCCAGAAGCUUUGUAAACAGGUGAAAUGUUACAGAUGUGGAGAGAUCGGUCACGUCGCAGUGCAUUGCGGUAAAUCCAGCGACACUAACUGCUACAACUGCGGGAAGGCUGGGCACUUGGCAAAGGACUGCAGCAGCAUUGAAGCCACAGCAUAA